GCAGAUAAGGCUUUCGCCAUAUAAGCUAGUGCGCCAGGCCACAGGACAGCAGUCAAUCCAGAGACUUCGAGAAGAACACACUCACCAAACCAUACCAUACCAUACCACAACAUACAAUGGAGCACCAUCACAUCUAUCGCCACAAAAAGUUUGACAUGGCUCGAAAGAUCGAGAAGUGCGAUUUGCUCCUCAAGGAGGAGCUAAUCUCCCGGAGCGGCACACCCUGUACCAGUCGGAGUCCGUUCGAUGAGGCGAAUCAGUCCCUUAGUUUGGGAUACAGUGACCAGGAUGCUGACUUUCCUCCGCUGCCAAAGCGCCGUCGCUUGGGAUCCUCAUCCUCCAGCGUUUCCUACCACUCCGCCAGUCCCAUCAUAACCGAGGCCAUCCAGGACAUCUUCAAGUACCACGUCAACAUGGUGCGGAAAUUCCCCAAGAAGGAGCGCUCGCCGAAGGAUCAGGAGCGCCGCAACAAGAACACCAUUGCCUGCAGGAUGAGUCGGCGGAAGAAGAAGUUCGAUGACCUGCAGAUCGAACAGCAGUACAAGGAGUGCUCCGUGGAGCACCUCAAGAUCGCCGAGCAGAGUCUACGCGCCAAGGUCUAUCUGAAUCACCUCAAGCAGCUGGUCAAGCAGGAAGACCACCCGCUGGUCUCAGCCAGGAGAGCUCCGGAGGAGAAUACCAAGAGGAACUUUAGCAUCGACUACCUGAUCGGUGGCAUUAAGCAGGAGAAUGCGUAGACACGCCUACCUCCUUUGUGUUUUGUACUAUAUAGUUAAGUAUUACUGUAAUGCUGUUAUUAUAGUAGGUGGUUAAGCUUCUUCAAGAACUUUUAGUGCUAAGAAAUGUAGCAUAUAGCAUAAGGUUAAGCCUUUAAAGGUUAAGCAGGAACUUCUUAAUAAAUAAAAUAGCAAAUAAAUAUUUCUAAACUUUCUAUCAGUUUUUUUAAAAGCAAGUGUAUUGCCAAUGUUUUUUUUUUUUAAGAAAAACGCUAUUCAUUUCGUUUUGCAUUAUUUUUAAUCUUCCUUCAAAUAAUCGUAUAAAGGUUAAGUAAUAAUUAAUUACAGUCUUAAAGAGCAAUCAUUACACACAUAUAUAUCAAACGCUAAUUGACCACAUCCACCAGUGGCAAAGAUGAUGUGCUCAUCCAUCAAAGGAAAAAGAAUUGAUGUGAAAUGACUUUUUGUCUUCAAUCUGGGCUUUCUGCUAGAAUCAGGAAAA